UAGGAAUUGUAUAAUUCAAGUGGUCUCAAAAGACCUCCCCUCUGUCUCUCUCUCUCUCUCAGAGUAAACCUUCAAUGGCACUUCUGAGAGAUACAAAUUCAAACCCUCCUCCCCACUUAUCCACCAUGUUCAAUCUCUUAUAGCUCUCUCUCUCGCUCUCUCUCUCUCUCUCUCGCUCUCUCACAGAGCCAUGUCUACAGUUGUCUUCCAAGGCUUCCAAUCUUAUCUGGAUCCCCAGCUUAUAGAGACCAGAACUCUCAGGCUAAAGCUCGCCAUGCCAAUUAGCUCCGGCAACGAGCUCCUGCCGGACAGCCGCAGCUUAACGCCAGAUUCCGGCGGCUGGGCUUUCCUCCAGACUCUCUCCACCACAGCCAAUUCCCAAGAAAGCUCGUACGUUCAUCCAAUGACCAAGCAAUCUUCGUCCCCUCUCAGCGGCAAGAGCCUGGAGCUCUGGACGGAGAAUCUUGGCAGCGAAACCGGCUCAGAAAUCGGCGAAAGCUCCAGCCUUUGGCUGUCUUCUUCGCCGGACAAUAAUUCAAAGGUUGAAGGGGCUGAACCUGUGAAGGAGCUGCAACAUUCGAAGUCCGCGCAAUGCGGGAAAAAAGCGAGUCCCACUCCAGCUUUUCCUCCGCCAUUGACGACCAUAACCGGCACCGGCGGUUCCAUUCAGUUCAUGCCCCACCGGGAAGGUGGCAGAUUGGUAAUCAAAGCAUUGCAGGCCCCGUCGCCGCAGCCUUAUUUUCAGACCGAGAGGAGUCAUGGCCGCCUCAGGCUAAGCUUUUGGAGAGAUUACUGCAGUAGUACUAGUGCUUUGGACUUGGAAGAAGAAGAUAGUACCAAUAUUGACGAAGAUGGUGACAUGGAAGAAGAGGGAGAAGAAGAAGCAGAAGAAGAAGGAGGAGAAGAAGAAGAAGAAGAAGGAGAAGAAGAAGAAGAAGAAGAAGAAGAAAGUGAAUGGAAGGUGGGAAUGGAGAAGAUUCAAAGGGGAAAGAGGUGCAUAGAAGGUGGGAAUGGCAAUAAGAACCUAUGCAAUUGGGAGGCUUUCUGGGUAGCUACUUCAUGAAAUCGUUUUCAUUCUUUGUAGCUCUUCCAUAAUAUUAAUUCCAUCAUCCAGUAUUUAUUAAUUUACACUUCUUUCUUUUAAUUAAUUGUCCUCUCUUAAUUUGCCCCACAUUUUCUCCUUUAGAUUUUCAUUAAAUGGCGGGUACAAUUGAUGACCUUUCAUAAUUGUUAG